CCGCCCGGGGCAGCGGCCGGGGAAGAGUCGGCAGAAUAAUCUCGUCCCACUCUCAGACCGCUUCAGAGGACUCGGCAUGGUCCCCUUCGGCAGCGCCUCCCCCGCCUCCUCGGACAAUCGCAGCCAGCGAUGCUGGAGCUGGUACUGGGGGGUAUUUUUACUUCCCUGGGCCGUGGCAGAAACUCGAGCAGAUCUCCACUACGCUACUGUAUAUUGGUUGGAAGCUGAAAAAACUUUCCAAGUUAAGAAUGUAUUAGACAAGAAUGGAGAUGCUUAUGGCUAUUACAAUGACACUGUACAAUCUACUGGAUGGGGGAUACUUGAGAUCAAAGCAGGCUAUGGUAACCAGCCCGUAAGCAAUGAAAUACUCAUGUACGCUGCAGGUUUUUUGGAAGGCUACCUCACUGCUUCGUAA